GGGGAGGAGGGGGAGGUGGGGGCGGGGGAGAAGGGAGGCCGCCGCCGCUCGCGCUGGUUCCGCGCCGCCACUGUGGCCAUGAUGAUCUACGGCUUCCAGAGCAGCCGCCAGGACUUCUCCUUCGGGCCCUGGAAGCUGACGGCGGCCAAGACGCACAUCAUGAAGUCGGCCGAUGUGGAGAAAUUAGCUGAUGAGCUCCAUAUGCCAUCUCUUCCUGAAAUGAUGUUUGGAGACAAUGUUUUAAGAAUCCAACAUGUUUCUGGCUUUGGAAUUGAGUUCAAUGCAACAGAUGCUUUAAAGUGUGUAAACAACUACCAAGGAGUGCUUAAGGUGGCAUGUGCUGAAGAAUGGCAAGAGAGCAGGACGGAGGGUGAGCACCCCAAAGAGAUUAUUAGACCAUAUGACUGGACCUAUACAACAGAUUACAAAGGAACAUUACUUGGCGAAGCUCUUAAGUUAAAGGUUGUGCCUACAACAGAUCAUAUAGACACAGAGAAAUUGAAAGCCAGAGAACAGAUUAAAUUUUUUGAAGAAGUUCUGUUGUUUGAAGAUGAACUUCAUGAUCAUGGAGUUUCAAGCUUAAGUGUGAAAAUUAGAGUGAUGCCUUCUAGCUUUUUCCUGUUACUGAGAUUUUUCUUAAGAAUUGAUGGCGUGCUCAUCAGGAUGAAUGACACAAGGCUCUACCAUGAGGCUGACAAGACUUACAUGUUAAGAGAAUACACUUCAAGGGAGAGCAAAAUAGCAAAUUUAAUGCAUGUUCCACCAGCCCUCUUUACAGAGCCCAAUGAAAUAUCACAAUACCUACCUGUAAAGGAGGCAGUAUGUGAGAAGCUGGAGUUUCCUGAAAGAAUGGAUCUUAACCUUGUGGCUACACAGGAAAAUACAUGCAUGGAAUCUAAAUAAAAUGUCAUACAAUAUGAA